CACGCGCACAAAAGAGAGUCUAGCGUCCGCUUGAAAGGCCCAUGCGAUAAUGGUGAACUCGUGUUUCUGGUGAGAUACCAGCUCUGCAUUUGUGACAAAUAUUAACCAAAUUACGGGUUCGUAGUGUAUACCUAUAACGUUUAACCAUCAACAGACUCAAGAGAUCGACAUUUGGCGAAGUUGAAGACCACUGAACGGAGUUUUUUUGGAAGCCAUUACGACUAGGCCCUGAGUCUAGCACAGCACCACACCAUAAUGGCAGACGACUUUGAUAUUGAGGCCAUGCUGGAAGCUCCUUAUAAGAAGACUUGCCUAACGAUAUCUCACCUCUACUCCCAUGAAUUCCAGUGUGAACUGUCAAAAAAUGAAGGAUGACAUCAAAUCUGUUAGCACCAAUGGCCACGAGGAACGCAGCAAAAAGAAGAAAAAGAGCCGGAGCCGCAGCAAGAGCCGGGAAAAGGAACGCAAGAAGAGCAAGAGCCGGGAUCGGGAAAGGAAGCGGAGUCAUGAGCGCGACAGAGAACGCAAACGUAGCCGUAGCAAGGAACGCCGUAGCAAGGAUCACAAACGCAGCCGCUCUCGAAGCAGAGAGCGCGGAGGCCGCUACCGGGCCCCGUUUUCUGGACCGAAAUUGAACGGUGGUUCCAGGGGGAAGGCUGGCCCACCACCUGGCAUCAAACUAAGCCGUAAGCAAAGAUCCAGGAGCAAAAGCCCUUUCCGGAAAGACAAGAGCCCUGUGAGACAGCCGAUUGAUAACCUGACUCCAGAGGAGAGAGAUGCUCGGACAGUGUUCUGCAUGCAGCUGGCUGCCCGAAUCCGCCCCCGAGAUCUGGAGGAGUUCUUCUCAGCUGUGGGCAAAGUUCGAGACGUGAGGAUGAUAUCAGACAGAAACUCCAGAAGGUCUAAAGGCAUCGCCUACGUGGAGUUUGUGGACGUGACUUCUGUGCCUUUGGCCAUCGGUCUGUCCGGGCAGAGGCUACUGGGGGUGCCCAUCAUUGUUCAGGCAUCACAGGCUGAGAAGAACAGAGCUGCAGCCAUGGCCAACAACCUCCAGAAGGGCACCGCUGGACCCAUGCGCCUCUAUGUGGGCUCACUCCACUUCAACAUCACAGAGGACAUGCUCCGAGGCAUCUUUGAGCCUUUCGGCAGGAUUGAGAGCAUUCAGCUUAUGAUGGACAGUGAGACAGGCAGAUCUAAAGGAUACGGCUUUAUCACGUUUGCUGACGCAGAGUGUGCUAAGAAAGCCUUGGAGCAGCUGAACGGUUUUGAGCUGGCCGGUCGACCCAUGAAAGUGGGACACGUCACCGAACGCACAGACGCCUCCUCUGCCAGCUCCUUCCUCGACAACGACGAGCUGGAGCGCACAGGCAUCGACCUCGGCACCACCGGGCGCUUGCAGCUCAUGGCCAGACUGGCAGAAGGCACAGGCCUACAGAUUCCCCCGGCUGCACAGCAGGCUCUACAGAUGAGCGGGUCAAUACAGAUGGGAGCCGUGGCUGCAGUCACUGCGGCCAUGAACCCUGGCCUUAACCUCAACCUCAACUUACCCAGCAUGAGCUCAAACCAGGCUCUCAACCUUCCCUCCCAGCCCAUCGCCACACACUGCUUCCAGCUGUCCAACAUGUUCAACCCUCAGUCGGAGAACAACCCUGGCUGGGAUAUUGAGAUUCAGGACGAUGUCAUAGAAGAGUGCAACAAACACGGCGGAGUCGUUCACAUAUAUGUAGACAAAAAUUCAGCUCAAGGUAACGUGUACGUAAAAUGCCCAACCAUCCCUGGAGCAAUGGCAGCAGUAAACGCGUUACAUGGACGAUAUUUUGCAGGAAAAAUGAUUACAGCAGCAUAUGUUCCUCUCCCCACGUACCACAACCUCUUCCCCGACUCGGUCACCGCCACGCAGCUACUCAUGCCCACUCGCCGAUGAUCUGCUGUGUCUGGAUCUUAAGACAUGCGUACACAGAUCUCAAUAUGUUGGACACUCUCUCUCUUUUCCUUCUCCCUGCUCUUUUUAACACUUUCAGGCUAGUCUGUGAUCAUUGUUUCUGUACCGCAAAGUCAUGACACAUUGUUAUGUCAGUGUUAUGUAUUGUCUUUUUAAUUUUUGUUUCAGUUGAUGUUUUUUUUGUUCGCAAAGAGCCUUUUUUUUCACAUUACAGGUAUGUGGAUUAUUGUUUUCUUUUUUGUACAUUUUAGGCUCAGACAGUGUGGCAGUGUUCAGACUCAAGCCCAGUCAGUAUAUUGUUUGAACAGUGGAAUUCAAAUGGCCAGUUUUACUUUUCGGUAAUUUAACUUUCCACAUGACUAUGGGAGCAAUGAUUCUGAUUGGCUUGUACAUCCCUCAAGGACGUUUUGAACUGGACGGCUAGGCACAACACCACGAUAUUUUGAAACCCCUUUUUGAUUGAGACUGCAGUUUUAGAUGAACAUCAGCACAUUCAGUUUUUUAGGCUCUAUGAGCUGUGGGAAACUACGUGACCCAGAAUUCCUUUUAUGUUGACUUGGAAACCAUUUGAUAUAGAAGUAUCUGUUUUCUAAAUCAAGAUUUGAUUUUGUAAAGCCCUUGACAAAAAUUGAUUUCAAAUAAAGUCAUAGUGCUGUGA